AUGGAAAGGCUUGAUCUUCUCUACCAGCACAUCUGUCCUGAAGUGAUAUUUAAAUCUUCUGAAUUUACAAACUUUGUGCAAAUAAAUCGUCCACCUCAGCUUAAUGCAAUAAAUCAAAAAAUUGUCCAAGGGAUUACAGCUUGCAUUAAUAUAACAAGAUCAUCCAGGAAAAAUUUCAUAAUAUCAGGGGUAAACCAUAAAUCAUUUGGAGCUGGAGGAGACCUUGACAUGAUCAUUAAAAAUGUAGCCGGUGUAGCUGAAUUUUUGCGAGGUCUGCAUCACAUUUUUUAUUCUAUUUCUCAACUGCCGACAGAAACUAUUAGUUUGUGAACAGGAUACGUGAUAGGAAGUGGAGCUGGGGUUGCUUGCUCUUGCAAUAUUCGCGUCGCAUUUCCAAGCUCCUGCUACAUCAUGCCUGAGAAUCAUAUUGGUUUAUUCCCUGAUGUUGGUGCAUCCUAUUUUCUAACUCAUUAUUGUCCUUUAGAUAUUGGACUUUAUUUGAGCUUAACAGGCACAAAACUCAGAGGAGCUGACUGCUAUAUAAGCGGGCUUUGCAAUUACUAUAUUCCUGCAGAGUUUCCUAUUGAUUCAUUUUUAGCUGAGCUUGAACGUUUUCCUUCCCCUUUAUUUGCCAUCCAAAUGUUUCACCGAGAGCCAAAAUCUAGUGAUUCUAUGAUAAUUCGGCAGAGAGAGAAUAUUUAUGAGUGUUUUUCUGAUGUAAAAUCAGUAGAAGAAGUUGUCGAAAGAUUAAAACAAAAUAAUUCGCAAUGGGCAAGAGAAACAUUGACAGCUAUAAAUGGUAUGUGUCCUUAUUCAUUAAAGGUGGCUUUUCAAGCAUUUAUGUCUGGGAAGGAUAUGGACCUUUGUGAGUGUUUAGAAAUGGAAUUUUAAGUUUAUUUAAUGAAAUCUCUCGCACAUUUAGUGCCUUCUAAGUAUUUUUUACUUGAGAUUCAGCUACGAUAGCAGCUCUGAACAACGGUAGGUGAACCGGUCUCCGUUAAAUUAUCAAGCCCUUUUCAGAUUUCUCUAGUCAGUGCCAGCCUCAGCACAGACCACUUCUCUUCAAGCCGAGACUUUAAGAAGUUUUGAGUUCUCUCACUAAACUCGGCUAUGGGCCUAGCCUGGUGGAUCAGGACUAGGGUCUCAUCCCUAACUACCAUUUUAAAUAUCGUGAAAUUGAAUUUAAUUUGGAGUAUCACAUGAUGGUGCAUGAAAAUUAUAAUUUUCUGACAGGAGCAAGACAUAAAUUGAAAAAGCAAGUAAAUGUGCCUUGGAUGCCAGCUUCAUUGGAAGAGGUUACUAAUGAGAUGGUGGGGAAUGCCUUUUUCAGUCCUAGAGGAUUGAGACUUAGGCUUAAAGAGCUCAAUACAGUAUUUGAAUAA